UUGUGUUAGCUAAAUUUUGUCGUCAGGUGAUCGCGUUCGAAAUAAAUUUGAAAGUGCCGAUGUAUAUUUCCGCGAGAAAAAAACCGGCGCACCGUCUACCGCGGCUCCUAUUCCACAUGUACGUUCUAGAUGCCGGUAGCAUUUUCUAAUUAUAUAUGCAGAUGUUCCUGCACCGGCUCGGAUGCGCUCCCGACUCCUCGCGUACGAAAUAAAAAGUCGCCUCCGGCUCUCUUCCCGUUGACGAAAAUAAACUUCUUUAUGAAUUAACGUUAGAGUAGACUCUUCACGCUGGAGUCAAACUGUACACAACAGCCAAGAGGAGUGUAGGAGUGGCUACUCUUAGCUUUAUACCUUACACCUAUCCGCGCUGCACAGUCUAUCCAGAUCUCAAGAGCGAGACGCGCCUGUUUCUAAAACGCGGUCCAUAGUACAGUAUAUUAUAGUUUUAUACAAGUUAUUAUCGCAUCAUUAUACUCCAUGCUCUGCUGCGUGUCCAAACAGUCCGCUGCCACGGUGGACUCGUUAUCGGAAUCGUUGCGGGAGGAGGGUAUAAGGCCAAGAGGUCAGAGGCCCGGUUCAGAGAUCCGUCGUUUGCAGGUUGAUUCUUUACCCGGGAAAAUUUCACGGGAAGAAGAUGCGCCGCCCGUCCUUCUACCAUGCACAAUCUGCUCGCGGACGUUCAAGCCGCAAUCGUUGGAAAAGCACACAAAGAUCUGCGAGCGAGCAGCCGCCAAAAAAAGAAAACCCUUCGACUCUGCCAAACAGCGUAUCCAGGGCACCGACCUAGCCGAGUUUCUGCCUAAGCAGGGAAAACGGCGGCCGCCAAUCCACGAGGACAAACCUUCCAAGCCCAAGACCUCCUGGAAACAGACGCACGAUGAAUUUUUGCGUGCCAUACGAGCUGCUCGUGGCGAAGUCGACGACGUAUCGGCACCGCGGCAGGUAGCCGCUGUCGCCCCUACGACGGCUCCGACUCGUGCCAACGAGAAGGGUACAUGUCCCACCUGCAAUCGGCAAUUCGGCAUCAAAGCCUACGACCGACACGUGGCUUGGUGCAAAGAACGUGCGACUCGUCUUCCGGUAAGCCCAGCAACAAACAUUGCGAAAGAGCGUCUAGAAGCUCGGAUAAACUACCGAGCACCGGCACUGAGAAACCGCCGGUUGACCAACCGAGAGAAGUAUUCCCCUGGUUCGACAGCGAACGUAUCUACGGCAAGCAAAAUGUCACCACCUGGACCAAAGCCUAAGGAAAGCGUAUCUUUACCUAGCUGUGUUAAGGCUAGCGACAGUCUUGUGAAAUCGAAGCCAGCAGUCGCCAGGCGGUUGGGUCAUACCAAAGAAACACCGAAUCUACCUGGACCGAUGAAAUCACGAUUGGUGGAUCGAACGAACAGGCCGGCCGAAGAAUACGAGUCCGGACCCAUGUCUACUCGAACCUCUUCCUCAAAUCCUCGACGUUCCCUAUUACCUAACGCCUCCCCAAAAUCCGUAAAAACCAACUUUAAGAAUACGUCGCCACCCCCAAAGUCAGCUCGUCGGUCAGAAAUCAGGUCCAGUCUUUCACCGCGUCUUUGUAAGAUACAUGAGUCUACUAGCAGCGAGCCUGUGAAAUUAAAAAGCAAUUUGCUUUCGGUAAGAGGUUACAAUAAUCCAAAAGUAAAUGACAUCGAUGUGAAUCAGGACGUCAUCGGCAUGUCAGUCCAACCUUGCAACAUUCAUAGAGAACAUAGCAUGACCAGUUGGAAACGGAUCAGCGAGGAGAAGACAGAUUCACAGAUAAUGGAAGGCAAUACGGAUACUUCAAAAAUGAAAAAUAUUAUUGCUGAAGAGCCAAAUAGUGAGAGAUGCAGGGGUGGAGUAUCAGAGAUCUUUUGUAAUAAAAAACAUGGCGAAGAUGAUGAAUUUGAGAAAGCUGCUGAACGCCAUCGCCAAAGUUCGUUGAUAGAAUCCCAAAAAGUCAUGAAAUGCAUUCCAUCAUCCGAAGUUGCGACUGCCGCUGAUAUCUCGAAAUUGUCUUGGGUUGAGAAUAUAGAAAAACUUGAUAAGACUUAUCUGAUCAAGGAGUCAUGUGGUCCAGAUCCCGACUCACUAGGUUUAGUAAUCCCGCCGAGGAAAUGGAAACCAAUAAAAAAUAGCCCGCGGGUGGAGUUUUGCGUAAAAGAUAGAAUGAUGACGACUGUAUCAGAGUCCACAAUAAACUCUUAUGAAGGCCAUAGUAACUUGGGCUGCUUUGGAAGUCCUAUGAAUUGCAAUGGGCACGUUAACUUCACCAGCACACCUGUUCUAGAUGGUAUUGAUGCCAAUCAUGCUGACGAUACGACUAAUACAAUUCAGAAUCUAGAAGCUGGGAAGGAUAUUAGUGCUGAAGAGGAUCUUGCAUUGUCAACAGAGUCAGGAAACGAAUGGCUAGCUGAUACCAAGCUGCAGCAGGAAGCGUCAGUGGCGUUAGAGCUAGAAUUAAUCCAUUCGACAGCGAAUGAUUCUGCACUUCAGGAAACAAUGGCGAUUAAUUCGCCAAUCGAGACACCAGUGCAGACUUCACCGGAGACACCUUUGAGCGUAACUGUCCAGGACGAUUCGCCAAAAGUCAAAUCAACCAAGAUGAGUCGUAGAAAAAAGAAAAAGAAAAAGGCUGUCGUCAAACUCACUCCCCGUUUAAAACCUCUCGAUCAAAUAGCUGUGGUCACAGAACAGCCAUUGAAUUAUACUGAUUUUAAUAAGGUUUAUGAAUUGCCAUCGAACCCGCUGGUUAACGCGAAGAAAGCUUAUGCUGACGUUGUUAGUCCGAUUCUGGGAAGCUCUAUUAAAACAAAGGCCUCUUUAAAACAUCGAAAGCAACGGGCUCUGACGGAUCGCAGUGUGUCACAGUCACAGGAAAUCGAGGUCUGCCAAAAAGAUAAUGAAAGUGCAUGUCGCAAUCCAACACAAGUGGAUUCACAAUUUGAUUCGUCAUUCGAAUUGAAGGCUUCUCCAUUUUCAUCUCCAAGAAAUUCUGAGAACUUGACGGCGAGCCCUUCAAGUAAAAAUUACAGCCAUAACAAAAGUUCCUUAAAACCAUUAAAGAAUCAUCUACAAGUUUCAAUGGAAGAGGUUGGAACCGUUAUUCAGGAACGAGAGAGUGAAAAUUCGAGAAAGUAUUGGGGUAGUGAUCAUUCUACGCCUAGAUUAGCUCGACCUUGUCAAAAAAUACAAGCAAUGAAAAGACAGUCAAAGCAUUUGGAUCUUUGCAAAAAAGAAAAUCUCUCCAUUGAAUCAUUGGAUGGUUUCCGCGACGGUUCGGCUCCUGAUCCAAGUGCUACCGACGACGAACUUUCCUGGAUCAUGACGCCCCAACUAUUGUCAACACGAUCUAUUGAAUCAGUGCAUUCGCCGUCACCUCAAUGCAGUGACGCGAACCCUUUGAGCGAAUCUCUAAAGCCAGAGUGUGGCGAUAGACGAAGAUGUGGAACUUACGUAAUAGAAAAAACAUCAGUUCCUGGUACUUCCCAGAAUCAAAGCCCCGUGUCGGACGAGUCCCUCGAGGAUAAGCCAAUGGAAAAGCGGCGUAAAACGGACUCAAUGCAACAAGAUUUGCAUGAAACGGACGUUGGAAAAGGUGAUCUAAUGAUUGGUCAUGAACCUGGGGAUGGUUACAGCCUGAAUACAUCGCUCACCGACUCAAGAACCUUCUUGGAGACAACGCUCGAAGAUGACGUCUCGGUGGAUGUCGACGUGCGGAAAAUAUAUGACAAAUAUGUCAACAGCAACUUCGACUACGACAGCGAAAAUACUGUCGGUGCAAGUUGCUCAAACGAAGUUGAUGUUGGUAAUGAACAAACUGUGAUGGGCGAUAUGGAUGAUCGGGGUUUCCAAAAGGUUACGAAAGUUGCUUCGGAUUCGAAUGUGAUUCAGGCUAAGACUCCGCGCUCUCCGGAAAGAGUAAUUUCCCGAUCAAGUUGCCAAGAGGCUUCUGAUAUGCAACGACGGAUUCGCAGGAAUAUGAAUAUCUUAAGAGGGAGUACUGACAGUCUGGUAUCAAUGAUGGAUACAGCGUCGAGGAGCAUUCAGUUGAUUUCUUCUUCGGGCUGCUAUGACGGAGAAAUUUGCAGAAUACAGCCGAUUAGGGGUGCCAUUAAGACAGAAGGUUUGUUGAAGUUUUUACCGGAGAUCAACCAGGCAGAAGACGCCGUUGUAGCUUCAAAGAGCGUGGAAAAGAAGAAAAAGUCGUCAGAGUCGACAUAUUGGGAAAAAGCAUCUAGAGUCUCCCAACACAGACUAAUAAAUCUCGACCCUCCGAAAGAAAAGUUUCGAUUUAUCAAGAGAAAUCCCAAAAGCCAAUUCCUUCCACCUAUCCAACCCGGAAGUCCUCUCACUAUGGAACGUCCAAGUGGAGCCAACCAGGACUACGACCCGUUCGUGACUGCUGAAAGGCAAAUCAACGAGUUGUUCGCGGAUACUAAUGAUCAGUUCCUGACGGAGGGUCUGCCACUGGAGGGCAAUCGCUCUCCACCCAGUGAUUCAAAACUCACGCAAUUCCCGCUUUCGCAUUCCUCAGCUUUUGUCAAAUAUCCCUCUUCACCGCGGGCUAAUAAACGCGCUUCCGUUAUCGCGCCACCGUCAGAAUUUGACGAUUUUAUAUCUGACUUUUCCAGCGACUCGACCGAGACGAAUUCCACGUCUCAGGAUUUUUUCAUAAACAAUUUGCAAACGCAAACGAGAGACGCAAACGACUUCGACAAACUGACAGAGGACUGUACCAGACGCGUAGUUAUCGACAAGUCAAAGGUCGCGUUAGAUGAAGAUGUUAACGCGAACUCUUGUCGUGGCAAGACGUUUGUUAGCUCGGUAGAAAGGUCACGUAAGAUUCUUGAAAAGGUUUCGCCGAAAGUUGUUCGGCCCGCCAUGAACAGGUCGAAUUCAGUUCGCUCUACAAGGGCUACAUCGGCACCUAGAGCACCGGAGCGCAAGAGUUCACUUAAGAAAUCGAUCUCACAUACGAAUGAUUACUCGGGUCUUUCGAACGCGUCGAAUAAUAACGGCUACGGGGCUUUAUCCGGAAGUAAUUUGAGCCUUAGUUCAAUGCUGUCCUCGGAGGCAGACAUAAAAAGAUCAAAUUCGGUGUUUGACGAACUCUUGAGCUCCUUCGAAGACGACGGCUCUUCCUUUCCGUCCCUGAAAUCCUUCCUAAAGAGUGAUUCCGUCUCUACCUCAAUGUCCAGCCAGGUUCCGGAUAGCAGGCUGCGCAACGGGAUGAUCAGCGACGAGGAAUUAUCAUCGCCGGAUAGCUACAAACGCCAGAACCACAGCAAGCUGAGUGCCGACUCUGCCUAUAGCAGUUUAAAUCGCAAAUGUUCCAAUCAUGGACGCAGCACGAACGAUGUAGGAUCCAGAAUAGAGCAGGAGCCAUUACUGAAGCACGGGGAUGCUGAAGUUACAUCAGGAAAAUUGAAGAUGUCCAAGUUUUGCCACGAGUGCGGAUCCAGGUUUCCCGAACCAGCAAAAUUCUGUUGUGAAUGUGGAGUCAAGAGGCUUGUUCUAUGAGCAAGUGGUCAGAGUUUUGAAUUUCAAAAUACAAACCAUUUUCUCUUCCUGAGAAAUCUGAUGGAUCUCUCCAACGGUUCCUCACCUGGCCUUGUCACCCUCUUGGUGCCGAAGCUACACACAUACAUAGAGCAUGCAUGGUAAACUAUAAGGUGUACCGACCAAGCACGGAAUAUAUGUAAUAUUAAAUCCGUUUUUUUCAAUACACAAUCGGGCGUGCCUCCCCGAGAUUUUCUCAAAUCAUUUUUAUCACGGUUCAAGAGAGUAAAAAAUACUAAUUUCUAAGCCUGCGUCAAUCGCUUGUGAUAAGAUGAGAUAAGCAUUCACUACAUAUGUUACUCACACGUAACGGUUGUUUGUGAAUUUAAACUUUGUGAGCCGACCUUAAAACACUUGACAUCUUGCUAUAAUAAUUAUUAUCUCAGACGGGCAAUUGAGUGUAUGGACCGUAUCCAAUUCGAGGCAUGUGCGAUUAAAAUUUUUUAUAUCUUUUCGCACCUAAUAUAGUAAUUUAAAAGUUCCGAUUUGUAUUUUUAUACUUAACUACUUACUGUCAGUCGUUAUACGGAAAACAUGCGGAAAUAUGUUGAGGAAAUUCUGUUGUUCGAGUAAAUAAUACGUCGUAAAUUAGGUAUUUCCUUAAAAAUUAAGGAAAAAACACACCAAUUGCAUAACAUCAUCUGAAUUAUUGUUCGUUUUCAGUUGGCAUUGAUUUGAUUGGAAAACGAUAUGGAAACGAUUGGAUUUUAACGAUACUGAAUUUUGCCUCUUGCAAUAACAUUUUUGAUUGAUUGUGACAAUCAUUUAUGCAUCGCGCGUCCUGUAAGCCAAACGUUAUUACUAGUUUGUUAAAAUAUCACCAUUUUUGGUUUUUGUUAGAAAUGUGUGUCGCUAAGUUUAUCAUAUUUUAUGUGAACAUUUUUUUUAAAUAAUUUAUUUAACGCGUGGAGGGUGACUGUUGUGUAAUACUUAUUUAUGUAAAUUAGUCGUGUGAUUUUCGAUUAAUUUUUUUGUCGUUUUUAAUCGUUUAAAUAUGUAGUAUACGCAUUAAUCACCCAUAUACUCACAUUUUAUUGUUGAAAUGAUUUCAUAAACCAGGUAGAUUUAUUGUGAUCGUAAUAAUGAUUUUUCUGUACUUAUAGGUCAAAUAAAUUAUUAUUUAUUGCAAAUACGAGUCACAUCGUUCUGGUUGAGUUUCCGAGUGGCAGGUUCAAGUUUUGAUCAUAAUUUUGACAAUAUAUUUAUUGCUGGCCAUUCAUUAUCCAGAGAGUAUUCAUGUAUAAAACAAAUAAAAUAGCUACUUUCUCCGUCAUUCAGGCAAAAUGUGCUUAAGUGCGAAAUAAUAUUAAUAUAAAAUAGGUUUAGAGCUUCAAACUGAAAUUGUUGAAUUAUAAAGAAGAACGAACAAGCUGUUGCAAUUUCUGUUUACGUGGUUCUCGAACUACCAAGGUUCUAAGUAAAGUAUGCCCGAUGUUUCAAGAGUAAUAUUCACGAAGAAACUUCUUUUAUAAUUCACUUAAAAUAUCGAAAUAUUUAUACUAUUUAUGAAUUGCAUAAUUAUCAUUCCUAUAGUUCAUAACAAGACUGACUCUGCACAUACGUAACCAAAUUUAUUACUGGCAUAUACCGUAAUUGAGAACGGGUAGCAAAUCGUCGCGCCUAAGGUACAAGUUAUGCAGAUAAACAGAUCCUUGAAAUUAAAUAAAAUUACUGAAUCUCGAUUGAGACACUAGGAUAUAUUUCUGUAUAGUUGUGCAAAUACUAAACACUGAUACAACUGUAAUGAAUUACACCUAACCCGCGAGUUGUAUUUUUUCAAGUGCAAUAAAGUUAUAUGCUUAUA